CUCGACUUGAGAACUCGACUGCCUUCUCUGAUCAUAAAUUCCAAUCUCGCAAAUUCUCAUCUGGUGGAUAUAAAUGGAGACUGAUCGUAUACCCAAAAGGGAACCAAAAGGACAAUGGGAGUGGAUUUAUUUCCAUGUACGUAGAAAUAGACAGCAAAAGCUUGAUGGUAUUCACACCACCAACAGAGAUUUUUGCCGAACUUCGUUUCUUUGUCUACAACAAGAAAGAAAACAAGUACUUUACUAUUCAAGAUGUAGAAGUAAAGCGGUUCAAUGCCCUUAGAACGGUGUGGGGACUGGUGCAAGUUCUUCCAUAUGAUACAUUCAAUAACCCUGAAAAUGGCUACGUUUUCGAGGGAGGUCAAUGUGAGUUUGGUGUUGAUGUCAUUGUUGCUCCAUCCCUUACCAAUUGGGAAAUCCAUUCUUUUAAUGAGAAAUUCUCUGGUCCUAAGUUCUCUUGGGCUCUCAAGAAUUUUUCUGAAUUGAACGUGAAUAAUUUGACAUCAGAUAUUUUUUCAAUGGGAGGGAGAAAAUGGGUUCUAAGGCUGUAUCCCAAGGGCGACACUAUAGCAGAUGGUAAAUGGUUAUCCAUUUAUCUGGAAAUGGCUGCUAGUGAUACACUAAAAGAAGAUGAGAAGAUUUUUGUGCAAGCAAACUUACGAGUUCUAGACCCACUUGGAUCCAAUCACAUCCAACUCCAGAUGAACGUCUGGUUCGAAGUACAAAAUGCUAGUUGGGGUUGGAAUAAGUUUAUGUCCUUAGCUGAACUUCGAAAGACUUACUUGGACAACAAGGAACACGCGUUGAACGUUGAGAUGGAAUUUAAAGUUGUUUCUGCUACCAAUUACUCUCCCAUUAUAUAAGCACUACUGUAGGUCUAUCAGAAAAUGCUACAUAUGUCUUGCAUUUUUUAGUCAACAUUCGAAUUCUCUACUUUCCAUAUAUGCAUUUGGUUUUACAAAGGAAACUUACCUUUGUAGUUUGUGGUACACAGAAACUCCACAAGUAUAAUAUCCCUAACUAUAUUCCGCAACUCUUUAACUACUUUGAACAACAUGUACCGCUUACCAUUAACUUGGCAUGGAAUGGAGUAACGUCGUUAAUUGUUUCUCCCACAAUGAUUGUUGGUUAACAGAAAGAACAGAAAUAUAGAAGCAUAGUGGUAGAAAGAGUAUGAGAGACAUUAGAGUGUGUCUUAUUCCUUUCUUUUUGUAUCUCAGUGACAGAAGCUUGUGAUCUUGUUGAUAUAUACGAUUCCUCUUAUCAAUGUCGAAUUGAUUGAUAUUUAGAAUUCUUAAGCCUCCGUGUGUUCUUCUUUGGAUCUCUUCCAGUAAUUGCACCAAUUCUGAAAUCAAAUCGUGCAGAAGUGUGUUAGUUCUUAGGCAAGGUCAAGCUACUUGGACAAGGAAGACAAUUUGAAUGUUGAGGUCGAAUUCAAAGUUGUUUCUGUUCUCCCAGUAUCGAAGCUCUAAUUUUACAAUAGUAGUACUACUAUAUGUAUAUAUUGUGACAACACUUAUAUCGUGAACAUUUUUAGAAUUUAUAACAAUUCUAUGUCUCAGACCUUUUUUCUUAAUAAUCAUUCGAUCGACUUCCAAAAUUUCCAUAAAAUAAAGUUGUUUACUGGUUAAACCAUCAAUCUGUUACAUAAUAUAUAUAAGAAAAAAAGAAUAAAACAAUGUUUGUUAGGCUAUGUUUUUUUUUCUAUUGGUUCAAAAGAGGUGUGGAGUAAUAAAAUAAUCAGAGGAAUGUGAUGAAAAAGAGUAUGUGGAAGGAGAAUUUUUCUUACGUAGAAAUUAAAGGAGCAAGUGGUUUUUACGGAGCUUAUAGAUCAUCUUAAGGUUGAAAGAUGUGAAACAAUGUCAUGAGGUAAGUCUCAGAAGAAGAUCACGGAUGCUAGAGUUUAGUUUGGCAUUACGUUGUUUCCAAACUAUCACGUAUACAAAAAUAAUUAAACCCACUCAAGUACCAAAAUGUUGUGCACACUUGUAACUUAGGUGACAUGAAGUAGUUUCGCCCAUCUUUCUCAGAUUCGUAUUCCACUGGGAAGGUCGCGUCCCAUGCUUUUUGAAAUGGUACCUUUAGAUUGUACAGCAUGCGGAUUAUGAGGUUUAAAAUUCUGAAAUUUUGAUUAAUUGUGAAGCUUUGAAUCUUCAACAUUGUUCAAAUUUUCAAACCAACUUCGAACUUAUAAGGCGCCGUGUUGACAUGAAGAAUUAAACAAAGGAAAGUAGUGGAGGAAGUAGAAGGAGUGGCCAUAUCACUUACCAAAUGGGGAGGAUUGGCUAGUCCACUACUAGUUAUUUAUUCUUCCACCAUUGAGUGAUUAUUGCUUUUGUUUCCUUUAAAUACACCAUGUAUGUUACACAAUUAAACACACAAUUCAAUACAAACAUUUCUUUCAUUCUCUCAAUCUCACAAAUCCUCUCAUUCUCUUAAAUUCGUAAAUUUCUCUUCUCUCUCAAAUACUUACGGUUACUUCACUCCUUUUUUACUUUGUUCGUGUGCUUCAUCACGGUUAAAACACUUAGAAGCUCUCAUAAUCCCACAAAUUAUCAUGGUAUCAGAGCAGCAACAAUCUUUGAAACCUUUCUAAAUUCCGCAAAAUCAAAACUCUGUUUCUAGUUCUUAAACUUUACCUCUGACCAAGUAAAUCCUCAAGAUGGA